AGGACAAAUAAUCCAUUGUUUCUCUCUCCUUCUUUCUGCACAUUGGUUUCACUUUAUUCCAAAAAGCCCCUUCCCCAAAUCUCAGAUCUAUACAAACACAAAGGUCACAAAAAUCAAUUGUGAUGAGAGAAAAGAGUAACGGGUUAAGAUCAAUGGCUUCCCCGGAGAAAGUGGGUGGUGGUGCGCACGAUAAGCGAGGCAGUGCGCACGAUAAACACAACCACCAGAAAACCACCAAAAAUGAUUAUGCUAACAACAACAACCACCACCACCACGGUGGCGCUGGAGGUUCUGGAUCAUCGGAAACUGCGCAGGAUAACAAGGAAGAAGGAAAUGAAGCGAUUCCGAUGGUGUGGCCAUCUAAGUUUGUGAUAGGCUUAACAAACAAGGAGAAAGAAGAGGAUUUCAUGGCUAUCAAAGGCUCAAAGUUGCCUCAAAGACCCAAAAAAAGAGCCAAAACUGUUCAACGUACCCUCAAUCUGAUAAGUCCUGGAGAUUGGCUAUGUGAUUUAUCGUUGGAGCGAUAUGAAGUUAGAGAGAAAAAAGUAUCCAAGAAGAGACCAAGAGGACUCAAAGCUAUGGGAAACAUGGAAUCUGACUCUGAGUAAACCAUUAGUGGUUUCAUUGAGUGAAAAAAAA